CAACAUUCAGCUUUGCCUGAAGAGAAAUAUUCAGCCAAGCCUCGGUGAGCAGGAAAAAAAUGUCCACUCGCUACCACCAAGCUGCUAGUGAUAGCUACCUGGAACUUCUGAAGGAGGCUACCAAGCGAGAUCUGAAUCUUUCUGAUGAAGAUGGAAUGACUCCCACUCUCCUGGCAGCCUACCACGGGAACUUGGAAGCCCUAGAAAUAAUCUGCAGCAGAGGAGGGGACCCUGAUAAAUGUGACAUCUGGGGAAAUACUCCUCUACAUUACGCAGCGUCCAAUGGCUAUGCCCACUGUGUCUCAUUCCUAAUCAACUUUGGUGCCAACAUCUUUGCCCUGGAUAAUGACUUACAGUCUCCAUUGGAUGCUGCUGCCAGCAGGGAUCAGAAUGAAUGUGUUGCUCUCCUGGAUAAGGCUGCCACUGCCCAGAACACCAUGAACCCCAAGAAGGUCUCCAGGCUGAAGGAGCAGGCUCAGAAAAAUGCCAGGAGGCAGAUCAAAGAGUGUGAAAGGCUCCAGGAGAAACACCAAAAUAAGAUGGCCCGCACCUACAACAAGGAGGAAUCAGGGACUCUUUCUUCUUCCAAGGGCACCUUCUCCAGGUCAUCCUUCUCAAGUGCUUCUGCUUCCAGUACAUUUGGGUCCUUGUCUAAGGGCAUUAAAGAUACCUUCAAGAUGAAGUUCAAGAAGAACAAAGACACAGCAGAGCCCAUAGGGAAGGAGGGUAGAAGUGGGCAGAGGAAUGUGAUGGAAGUGUUCAGAGAAGAGGACGAAGAUUCAUUUUCCAGGGGCUUCAAAGAGAAGCUCCAGUUCCCAGCAGAGGAGGACGAUGAUGAGCAACAUGAAUCCAUUCUCAACCGUCCAGGUCUAGGGAAUAUUGUCUUUCAAAAGAACAGAGCAUGGAGCCCUGAAGACAUCUCAAACAGCAAGAGGGAGUCGGAAUUUAAAAUGCCCAGUGACUUGCUCCAAAGAGCAGCAGAGGCUGAUGAAGCUGAGGCGGGUGAAGAGGGAGAAGCGGGUGAAAAUGGCCUUGGGUCACCUGAGCUGCCUUGGGAUGAGGAUGAAGUGGAGUGGGAGGAAGAAGUUGUGGAUGCGACUCCCCUCGAAGUGUUCUUGCAGUCCCACCACCUGGGAGAGUUCCUUCCCAUUUUCACGAGAGAGCAGAUUGAUCUAGAAGCUCUGAUGCUUUGCUCCGAUGAGGACCUUCAGAACAUACAAAUGCAGCUGGGUCCUAGGAAGAAAGUUCUUAAUGCCAUAAACAGAAGAAUGCAGGUGGUCCAACAACCUGGCCCGCUGGUGGACACCAGCCUCUGAUGGAGAAUGUUGAGUUGACUGGAGCCAUGCUGUGGCCCCCUGGAAACUCUCCACUCCAUACCAGAUCUCUACCCAAAGCCGGACCACUGGGAAUGGCUUCUAGGGUUUUGGAGGUGCCUACCUAGGAAGGAGGCCCAGACUCCACUCCAACACCUAUCCAAAUAAACCAUCAGUGAGAAACGCAAAGGAGAUCUUGGAACAAGAAAAUGGCAUUUCUGUUCAACUAGCCUUUGAUAUUGUUGAAUAAAGAUAGGGUUAAAUGGAUGACAGAGAAGGAAAAAAAUUUUACUUUUCUAACACUGGAUUUAAUCAUUUCUCAUCAUGAUGGCCGACUGCUUCCUUUCUGAUCUACCCUGGGGAUGCUGACUCUGGUUCUGUCCUGAGCUCUAUGACUUUGCCUGUCAGUGGGGACUGAAGUUCCAUGUUGCCCCGAGGCUUGGUGCCCAACUUCAACUUCCAACAAAUGCUUACGUGUUUACAAACAAUGGAACUGGGUUCAUGAUAUUCCUGUCUGAGAACAAGGACAGAGUGGCAGGUAGGGAGAGUAAAGAAAGAGAACAUAGGUGCCUGUUGUGUUCAUGUUGGAUCCCUAACCCCCAAAGUGACAGUUUUUGGGGGGUCUUUGAAGAGGUGAUUAAAUUUAAAUAAGAUCACAAGGAUGGGGUCUUCAUCCCAUAUGACUGGUAAAAGAAGAGGAAGAUAUAUUUAAGGAUGUACUCACACAUAGGGAAAUGUCACCCAAGGACACAGCCAGAAUGCACUAUCUGCCAUCCAAGGAGAGAAGCCUCAGGAGAAACCAACCCUGCCAACAUUUUGAUUUUGGCCUUUCAGCCUCCAGAGCUGUGAAAAAAAUAAAUUUCUUUAGUUUAAGCCA